UAAUGUUCGCUUAAACCGCUCUGGUUAUGAAGGACAACCCUAACUAUUAUCUUGAAUGCUAGCUUUGUGUCUUGCUAAGAGAAGGCGGGGCUUAAAUAUGGCUGCAACCGUGUAUACGUGCGCCAGCAUUUUUUCAUUGUUUCCUGUUGCCGGAGCAAUUUUUCAUUGGAAAUCUAUGCUUUCGAUUUGCGAAAGGGGGUGCGGGAAUCCUUUGGUAAAUAACUCAAUUUUGCCUGAAUUAUUACAUCUUGGCUAGGAAAUGAAACUUUGGUAGAUUAAUUAAGCAAAGGGAAUUGUAGUUGUACCUUUCACCAAGAAUGACAUGCUUCUUUGUAACUGACGGAUUACAAUUGAGAUAGACAUCUGUGACUGAUAGGUUUUUCUAGAGUGCCUUCAAAGGUAGCUAUGAAGUAAAAUCCAUCAUCAUCAGAGUUUCAUGGUGUGGUCCAAAUGUUCUUACCUAGAUAUUAUUAUCAUACAUAGACUUAUGCUUUGUACAUUUCAUAAAUAUGCCUUCCAGUACACGUUUCACUCUGAAUCGUAAACGGUGAAUAUGUCCGCAUCACUAAGUAACUACUUUUCUGCACCAUCUCUUGCCCUGAGUUCAGGGGCGAUGUGUGUGUCUAAAAAAAAGUCAGCUGCGACCAAGUGAUCCAAACCCCACCUCUUUUUUGGUUUGAAAAGGCAGAGCUUUCGUUGCAGUCACAGUCCCCAUCUUGGUGUUUUUGACCUUCCCUCUGGACACGCCUGUGGUCAGUAUGCCCAAAAUUACAAAGAAGGAGAGAUUCACACGCUUAGGCAUGCACUACCUAAGAAAAUGUAUCUUGGUCACUACUCCCAGAGAAAAGGAAAAAAAUAAAAUGGAAAAGCCAACUUUGGGGAAGAUAAGCAUGUGUUACUUAGACAGAAACGUCGUCAUACGGUCUCAGUGUUGGGGGGAAAGCAAUAUAGGUGAAUGUUGAAUUCUGAGUAGAUGAAUUCUGAUAAUCGAUUUUGAACUCUACUGUAAAAAUUGUCAUUCUAUAAUGCUUCAGCCUGGGUUACAUGAAAUACCUGCAGUGCACAUCUUAAGAAAAUACAAUCAUUGCUAAAGAGCAUUUCAUUCCAAACAAACUAUUUCAGCAAAUCAUUUUUUCAAGGUUCUCUAAAAUUCUCAGUGCCUCUUUUGAAAAAUACAGGUGGAAAAACAGAGUCGAGAUUAUAGUCCUUCAUAUACUGUAUCUUGUGUUUAAAUUGUAUGUAAAACUCCUUUGAGAAAAGUACACCAUUCUUCUUUGCUUCAGACAACAAUGAUGUUAAUCUUUCUGUAUUGCCUUCAAGGAUGGGUAGGAAUAGCCUCUUGUUGGGAUAGGCUCUGAGCUCUAAGAUUGUGCAUUAAUUAUUUUAGAGGCUGCGCCCUGCAUUUUUGCUAUGAGCUGGAGCUGAGCCGCCCUGCCUUGCAAGCAAGAUCCUGCAUUAGUUGAGCAGCAACCUUGUUCCUCCUUAAUUGCUUUUGCAAAACUUCAUACAGUGCUGGCUUCUGCUUCCAUUCUCAGUGCUUCCGAAGGCAGUAUAAUUAGGCACCAAGAUGUCUGUUCCACCUCUUAGCAAAUAGGGGCGGUGUACGAAAGCCCAGGUACAACAGCGAAGUGGUUGAACUGAAUCUUGCCCCAUGGUGGUUAUGCUGAGUUGGAAACAAUGAGUGUGAAGUUUGGCCCUCCCUCAAAGCAAAGCAAACUGGUUACCCCAAGAAGCUAAUGCCAACGUCCUGUGGGAAGAAAAAGUAAUCUGCAUGAUUGUGGCUUAUUUGUAUCUCCUACACUGACUUUCUGUCCCAUUGCUCAUGUUGAAAUAAUAUGAAUAAUACACACUUUCCAGUGAUCUGGGACAGUGGAACCAGUACUCAGUUCCAUGGCAUGAAUGGCGCCGUCUUGUCUUUUGCCACCAGCAGCAGAAGGUCUCUGCUCUUCCCCUUCCUUUCCAGCUCUUGGGCUUUUCCUGGUGUCCAUUUUUCCAUACUGUUUUUUUCUUUGAAAGCUAGGGCUUAUUCUGAACAGCUGAACCAAGGGUGAGGAUUCAUUUUCACAGUCCCUAACCAGAAGCUGUACCUGAGCUUGCACAGGUUGAAUUAGUGGGCACAGUCCAGUCCAUGCGUGGAUCCAGAGAGCAGACUGACUCUCCACUGAAGGCAAAGGAAAGACCACCACCACCAUCUCAGAGAGGACUCCCCCACCCCACCCCGAUUUGCUGGAUCCUUCUGAGAACAUGGCAGAGCGGUGGUGGGGAGCACGACAUUGUUGGCGGUGGCUGAAAUCUGCCAUGUGCAGGCAGAACAGCAUCAGGCCUGGAGCUCCAAGUUGUGACACACUGCUGCCCCCUGAAAAGCCUAAGAAACACAGGGUAGUAAUACCUUGGCCAACGCAUUUUAAAGAAGAAUAUAAAAAAGUAUCCAACCUUUAUAGGAACAACAAUAUACGGACUACAAAAUACCGUUUUUGGUCCUUCAUACCUAGGAAUCUCUUUGAACAGUUUCACAGAGCUGCCAAUUUGUAUUUCUUAUUUAUAGUUCUGCUUAACUGGGUUCCAGUGGUGGAAGCCUUUAGAAAAGAAAUCACAAUGAUUCCACUCUGUGUGGUUCUCACCAUUAUUGCAGUGAAAGAUGGCUUGGAGGAUUACACAAAGUACAAAUUAGAUAAAAAGAUAAACAACUUAGUCACCAGUGCAUAUUCCAGAAGAGAGAAGGACUAUGUAGAUAAGUUUUGGAAGGAUGUUACUGUGGGUGAUUUUAUCCGACUGUCAUGUAAUGAAGAAAUUCCUGCUGACAUGAUACUGAUAUAUUCUACUGAUGGAGAUGGAAUCUGCCAUAUUGAGACUUCAAGCCUCGAUGGAGAGACCAAUCUGAAACAGAAGCAGGUGGUGAAGGGCUUUGCGGAACAGGUCAACGAAGUUAAUCCGGAAGACAUUAUAUGCAGAAUAGAAUGUGAGAGUCCUAACAACGACCUUAACUCCUUCCGGGGCUUCAUUGAGAAUACAGAACAGGAACGAGUGGGCCUAAAUAAGGACAACUUGCUGAUGCGAGGAUGUACUGUCAGAAACACAGAAACUGUUGUCGGCAUUGUGGUGUACGCAGGUCACGAAACAAAAGCGAUGUUAAACACAACAGGCGCUCGCUACAAGCGAAGUAAGCUGGAGAAGAGAAUGAAUGGGGAUAUCCUCUGGUGUGUGCUGCUUCUAAUUGUGAUGUGCUUUACAGGGGCGAUAGGGCAUGGACUCUGGCUAAGUGCCCACACAGUUCCACCCCUAUACACAAGUGGGAAACAGCCACCUGCAGGACUGGGAGGUUUUUUAAUGUUUUGGACGAUGAUAAUUUUAUUGCAGGUCUUGAUCCCAAUUUCUGUUUACGUUUCCAUUGAAUUUGUCAAACUGGGGCACAUCUUUUUGAUCAAACAUGACAUCGAUUUGUACGAUGAGACUUCCGACAGAAAGAUUCAGUGUGGAUCGCUGAAUAUUGCGGAAGAUCUGGGUCAGAUUGAAUACAUUUUCUCGGACAAGACUGGAACCCUCACGGAGAAUAAAAUGGUGUUUCGGAGGUGCAGCAUUGCAGGAUUGGAGUAUGGCCAUGAAGAACAUGCAAAGAGGCUAGAAACAUAUCAAGAUUAUGAAACAGACGAAGAUGACGGAGCCUUCUUCUCCUCCCAUUGUUCACUGAAACAUCCAUCCAGAGCGAAGUUCUUUGGCCGCAAAUCAAGUGGAUUCCUGAGUUCCCGGGUUUUUCACAGUACCAGCACCAUGGGACUUGGUGGUUGGAGACAACUAGCUUUCAGUAGCCCUCUUGAGACUGAUGUUGUGCCAGACAUGCGACUUGUAAAGAAGGUUAAUCAUAUCUCAUUCAAGGCAUAUUCGUACACGGAAAAUCUCAGAUCGAUCCCAGAAAUAGUGUACAUCACUGAAUUCUUCAUUGCCCUGGCAAUCUGCAACACUGUUGUCGUUUCAACACCUGACCAACCACGACUUAAGAGAAGAUGGUCUUCCAUGGUCAGAAUGCCUGCUUUAAACCUGGGCGAAUUUAAAAAUAUAUUCCAAAGGCUGUCGUCAAUCCGCAGAAUGAGCCCGCAAAGCUCAGGUUCAUCUGGAGGACAUUUUGAGAGCCCCAAAAGAGCAGGAAGAUUGUCUGUUCAUGUGAAGUUUCCAUCUUCUUUACCAGUACAGUUAUCUGACUCUCUGGAAAUGCAAGGUUUGUCCCCUGGCCAAAAAAUGCCAGAUACUUUAAGUGCACCUGAUGAUCGUAGAGAAGAAUUGUUGUGUGAAUCACUAAACGCCACUGAGAUAUGCUACGAGGCAGAGAGCCCUGAUGAAGCAGCCUUAGUUCAUGCUGCCAGAGCUUACCAGUGCACCUUGAAGGCUCGAAGUCCUGAGCAAGUGCAGAUUGACUUUGGUCCUCUGGGAACCUUGACCUUUCAGCUGCUGCACAUCUUGCCUUUCGACUCCAUCCGGAAACGAAUGUCGGUGGUGGUGAAACACCCAAUUUUAAACAAAGUUGUAGUGUACACAAAAGGGGCAGAUGCUGCCAUAAUGAAUUUGCUGGACAUGGAAUUAACAGGCAAUAAAAAAAUAGGGAUGCAAAAGAAUGCAGUAAAGGCAAAAACUCAGAAGCAUUUAAAUGAUUAUGCUACAAAAGGACUGCGCACUCUUUGUAUAUCUAUGAAGGUGCUGAGCGAUGAGGAAUAUGAAGAGUGGCUGAAAGGACAAUAUGCGGCCGAAAGCAGCAUCGAAUGCCGAGAGCAGCUGCUCCUGGAGUCAGCGGAGAGGCUUGAGGACAAACUAACCCUGCUUGGCGCCAGUGGAAUUGAAGACCGAUUGCAAGAAGGUGUUCCAGAAACCAUAGAGGCACUUCGAAAAGCAGGGAUUAACAUUUGGAUGCUAACAGGAGACAAACGUGAGACGGCCAUCAAUAUUGCCUACUCCUGCAAAUUACUGGAUGUGUCGGACAGACUUUUCACACUCGAAGUCGACAGUCUGGAGGCCUGUGCAAGCAUGGUAAAAAACAUUUUAGAAGAGAUCAAUAGAAUGAUUCAUACUAAGAAAAGGAGGAACCCCUCAGGAACAGAGAUGUCCACCAGCAGCUUUGCCUUAAUUAUAAAUGGGCCGACGUUAGAAUUUGCCCUACACAAAAAAGUACAAAGAGCGUUCAUGCAACUCGCGGCACGGGUCCGGGCGGUCAUCUGCUGCAGAGCAACACCCCUGCAGAAAAGCAAAAUGGUGAAACACGUGCAGACGGAGCUGCAAGUCAUGACUUUGGCGAUUGGUGAUGGGGCCAAUGAUGUUAGCAUGAUUCAAGUUGCUAACAUUGGAAUUGGAAUCUCUGGGCAAGAAGGCAUGCAGGCUGUGUUAGCAAGCGACUUUGCAAUUUCUCAAUUCCGGCACCUCAAGAAGCUGCUGUUUGUUCAUGGUCACUGGUGUUACACCCGACUGGCUGACAUGAUCCUCUACUUUUUUUACAAGAACGUGGCGUACGUAAAUCUCCUGUUCUGGUAUCAGUUCUAUUGUGGGUUUUCGGGAACUCCCAUGAUUGAUUACUGGAGUCUGAUUUUCUUCAACCUUCUCUUCACAUCAGUACCACCGGUCAUAUAUGGUGUUUUAGACAAAGAUGUCUCUGCAGAAACUCUCAUGAACAACCCAGAACUUUACAAAGCAAGUCAGAAAAAUGAGCCCUAUGUGGGUGUAGCCUUUGCAAUGAACUUGGUGGAUGCAUUUUACCAAAGCCUGGUUUGCUUUUUUAUCUGCUACUUUACAUUCCGAGGUUCCGAUGUAGAUGUCUAUUCUUUUGGGAACCCUAUGAAUACUACCAUGUUCUUUAUAAUAUUGCUACAUCUUCUGAUUGAAAGUAAAAAUGUGAAUAUUAUACACUUCUCUGUUUUUGCUGGUAGCAUCUUCCUGUAUUUCUUCGUUCUCGGGCUUUUGGGAGCUUUCUGUGUCCUCUGCAACCCACCAGCCAAUCCAUAUUGGAUUAUUCAGAGACAAUUAGUAAACCCAAUGUUUUAUCUCGUCUGCAUGAUCUCAAUUACGCUGGCUCUGCUUCCAAGGUACUUGUUCAGGGUAAUCCAAACCACAGUAUUUCCAAGUCCAUUAAUACAAGCCAGGAUUCUUGAACAACAGAGCCGUGUGCGAUAGAAGAGUUGGCA